CAUCCACUCGCUCAUAUCCCAAGGAAGCAAAAAUAUGGGUGACCUUCACUCUAUUCCGUACUUUAGCACCCUCCCCCAUACCAUUCAUCAUGCCUCCUCUUCCUCUCACUACUCUAUGGACAUCAACGACAAUUCUGCAUUCCACAGUCAGUCACCUUUGCAUUCUCAAGAUCUCUCUUCAGGUUAUCUUGAAGAUGCGUUGUUUGAAUUCAGAUCUAAACGACGUAGAUUGCUUGUCUUCCAUGAGGAUCAAUAUCAAUCGAUCUAUCAAAACUCCACAACCUCAUUUCCUAGCUACUGUAAUUCAAACUCAGUUGAAGACAUGGAGAAUUGUUAUGAGAAUUUCUGCAAGUUUUACACAGAUGAUAAUGGAGAUGAGAGAGAGAUGAAAGGAAGGGGAACAGAGGAGACGAAUUCAACUUCAUCUUCAGAAAUAACAAAAAGCAGCAUCAAUACUUUUGAAGAAACACUUCUUUCUUCACACCAUUCCCUUUUCAUUGGAGCAAGAAACGAAGAGAGAAAGAAGAAGCUUAUAACAAGACUUGUAUAUCCUUUUGCAUUGGUGAAGCCAGGAGGAUUUAAAGGAGACAUGACACUAAAUGACAUAAAUCAGAGAAUCCUAAUGCCACCAACAAGGCCCUUGAAGCAUCCAGUGGGUGACUUUGCAUGUCGACCACUGGUUUCACCCGGCGGACCGGGACUCUCCGGUAAGGCGGUGGUGGCUUUAACCCGAAUUCAUACACAAGGGAGGGGUACAAUCACUAUUAUUAGGACUAAAAAUUAGUAUAUGGGAUGGAUACCAACAAUAAAUUUUAGUGGACGGUCUUGAAUUGUAUAGUGACAAUUGGGGCUAUGUACUUGAAAGUAAUUAUU